AUGACCAUUUGCUUCUACAAAGCCAGUGGGAAAAUCUCUCACUCGAGUUGGCUAAGAUGGAAUCUUACAGAAAAUGAGCAAGAGAUAGUACAAAAACGCACUUUCACAAAAUGGAUCAACUCUCAUCUGGCCAAGCGGAAACCCCCAAUGGUGGUAGAAGAUCUUUUCGAAGACAUGAAAGAUGGUGUAAAACUGCUUGCUCUCCUGGAGGUCCUAUCCGGGCAGAAACUGCCUUGUGAACAGGGACGCCGUAUGAAGCGCAUCCACGCCGUGGCUAACAUCGGCACGGCACUCAAGUUCCUUGAAGGAAGAAAGAUUAAAUUAGUCAACAUUAACUCUACCGAUAUCGCUGAUGGCCGACCCUCAAUAGUUCUUGGACUGAUGUGGACCAUUAUUUUAUAUUUCCAGAUCGAAGAGUUGACCAGCAACCUGCCACAGCUGCAGUCCUUGUCCAGCAGCACGUCCUCCGUGGACAGCACGGUCAGCUCGGAGACUGCCAGCCCCCCGAGUAAGCGCAAAGUGGCCACCAAGAUCCAGGGAAAUGCUAAGAAGGCUUUGUUAAAGUGGGUUCAAUACACAGCAGCCAAGCAGACUGGAAUGUAAGUAAAAGACUUUGGGCGGAGUUGGAGAAGUGGGGUUGCCUUUCAUUCAGUCAUCCACGCUAUCCGACCAGAACUAGUGGACUUGGAGAGGGUCAAAGGAAGAUCUAACCGAGAAAACCUGGAGGAAGCCUUCACUAUUGCUGAGACAGAACUGGGGAUCCCCAGGUUGCUAGAUCCUGAAGAUGUCGAUGUGGAUAAACCAGAUGAGAAGUCUAUUAUGACCUAUGUAGCCCAGUUUCUGAAACAUUAUCCUGACAUUCACAACACAAGCACUGAUAUGCAAGAGACCGAUAGAGAAGACAGGCUAAUUUUGAAGGAAAUGAAAGUUUGGAUAGAACAGUUUGAAAGAGAUUUGACGAGGGCACAGAUGACGGAAUCAAAUUUGCAGGAUAAAUAUCAGUCAUUCAGGCACUUCAGAGUUCAAUAUGAAAUGAAAAGGAAACAGAUUGAACAUUUAAUACAACCUUUAUAUAGAGACGGUAAAUUGUCACUUGACCAAGCCUUGGUAAAACAGUCCUGGGAUAGAGUGUCCUCCAGGCUAUUCGAUUGGCAUAUACAGCUUGAUAAGUCUCUUCCAGCACCUCUGGGUACCAUAGGCGCCUGGUUAUACAGAGCAGAGGUGGCCCUGAGGGAGGAAAUAACCAUUCAGCAGGUCCACGAGGAAACGGCCAACACUAUACAACGGAAACGUGAACAACACAAGGAUCUGCUUCAAAACACAGAUGCCCACAAAAGAGCCUUCCAUGAAAUCUACCGGACCAGGUCUGUCAACGGGAUCCCAGUGCCACAUGACCAAUUAGAGGACAUGGCUGAGAGGUUUCAUUUUGUUUCCUCCACAUCAGAACUACACUUAAUGAAAAUGGAAUUUCUAGAAUUAAAGUACCGUCUGCUCUCACUGCUGGUUCUUGCAGAGUCAAAGCUGAAGUCUUGGAUCAUCAAGUAUGGGAGGAGAGAGUCGGUGGAGCUGCUUCUGCAAAACUACAUCGCCUUUAUAGAAAACAGCAAGUUCUUCGAACAAUAUGAAGUGACAUACCAGAUCUUGAAAGAGACGGCUGAGAUGUACGUCAAAGCUGAUGGUUCAGUGGAAGAAGCUGAGAAUGUGAUGAAAUUCAUGAGUGAAACCACCGCGCAGUGGAGGAACCUCUCAGUAGAGGUGAGAAGUGUGCGGAGCAUGCUGGAAGAAGUAAUCGCCAGCUGGGACCGAUAUGGCGAUACCGUGGCUAGUCUUCAGGCCUGGCUAGAGGAUGCUGAAAAAAUGCUGAAUCAAUCAGAACAUGCCAAAAAGGAUUUCUUUCGAAAUUUGCCUCAUUGGAUACAGCAACACACUGCUAUGAACGAUGCUGGCAAUUUUCUAAUUGAAACAUGUGAUGAGGUGGUUUCCCGUGAUCUUAAGCAGCAAUUAUUAUUGCUAAAUGGACGAUGGAGAGAGUUGUUUAUGGAAGUCAAGCAAUAUGCUCGAGCCGAUGAGGUGGACAGAAUGAAGAAAGAAUACACAGACUGCAUUACUACCUUGUCUGACUUUUCAACUGAAGCCCACAGGAAACUUUCUGAGCCUUUAGAAGUCUCUUUCAUGAAUGUCAAGUUAUUAAUUCAAGAGUUGGAGGAUAUUGAGCAGAGGGUACCUGUGAUGGAUGCUCAAUACAAAAUAAUCACAAAGACAGCACAGCUCAUUACCAAAGAGAGCUCCCAAGAAGAAGCUAAUGAAAUGUUUGCAACCAUGUCGGGGCUCAAAGAGCAGCUAACCAAGGUCAAAGAACGUUACUCCCCACUCCUUUAUGAGUGUCAACAACUGUCGACACCGUUGGAGGAUUUAGAAAAGCAGAUGACGUUCUUUUAUGACUCACUUGGGAAAAUCAAUGAAAUUAUGACCAUCCUUGAGCAUGAAGCACAAUCUAGUGCUCUUUUUAAACAAAAACAUCAGGAACUGUUAGCUUGUCAAGAAAGCUGUAAGAAAACCAUGACACAAAUCGAGAAAGGCAGUCAAAGUGUUCAAAAGUUUGUGACCUCGAGCAAUGUGUUAAAGCAUUUUGAUCAGACAAAGUUACAGAGGCAGAUUGCAGAUGUUCAUGUUGCCUUUCAGAAUAUGGUAAAGAAAACUGGAGAUUGGAAGAAACAUGUGGAAACCAACAGUCGCCUGAUGAAGAAAUUUGAGGAGUCUCGAGCAGAGUUGGAGAAGGUGCUGCAGAUGGCACGGGAAGGCCUGGAGGAAAAGGGGAAUCCGGAAGACCUCCUGAAGAAACACACUGAGUUUUUCAGUCAGCUGGAUCAGAGGGUGCUCAAUGCUUUCCUGAAAGCUUGUGACGAGCUCACCGACAUUCUCCCUGAGCAGGAACAGCGAGGGCUGCAGGAAGCUGUUAGAAAGCUCCACAAACAGUGGAAGGAUCUUCAAGGAGAAGCCCCGUAUCACUUGCUUCACCUGAAGAUUGAGGUGGAGAAGAACAGAUUCUUGGCCUGUGUAGAAGAAUGCAGAGCUGAGCUGGAUCGCGAAACCAAGCUGGUAUCCCAGGAAGGCAGUGAAAAGCUUAUCAAAGAGCACAGGAUUUUCUUCAGAGACAAAGGUCUUCAUCAUCUGUGUGAGAAAAGGUUACAGCUCAUUGAAGAACUGUGUCUGAAACUCCCAGUCCGGGACCCUGGAAGGAACACACCUGAAACCUGUCACGCGACCCUCAAAGAGCUCAGAGCUGCCAUCGACAGCACCUACGCGAAGCUCGUGGAUGAUCCGGACAAGUGGAAAGACUACGCCAGCAGAAUUUCUGAGCUCUCAUCCUGGAUCGCUGCAAAGGAGACACAGUUGAAGGGGGUUAAGAGUGAGACCAUCAGUACUGCCAACCAUGGAGAGUUUAAACGGGCGGUAGAGGAGAUAAGAAGGGGUGUUACCCAAAAAGGCGAGACUCUCGGCUGGCUGAAAUCCAGGCUUAAAAUUUUGGUUGAAGUUUCUUCUGAGAAAGAAGCCCAAAUGCAAGGAGAUGAGCUGGCAAAGUUAUCCAGUUCCUUCAAGGCUCUCGGAACUUUGUUGUCAGAGGUUGAAAAGAUGUUAAGCAACGUUGGGGACUGUGUCCAGUACAAAGAAAGUGUGCAGAGUUCCCUUGAAGAGUUAAUUUCUGGUUCUAAAGAGGUCCAGGACCAAGCCGAGAAGAUACUGGACACUGAAAACCUGUUUGAAGCACAGCAGUUACUUCUUCACCACCAGCAAAAAACAAAGAGGAUCGCUGCAAAAAAGAGGGACGUGCAGCAGCAGAUCGCACAGGAUCGGCAGGGGGAAGGUGGGCUGCCGGGCCAAGUCCGGGAGGAGCUGCGGAAGCUGGAGAGCAGCCUGGACAGUGUGGAGCGCAGCAGGGAGAAGCAGGAACGCCGCAUCCAGGUCACAUUAAGAAAAUGGGAGCGAUUUGAAACAAACAAAGAAACAGUGGUCAGAUACCUUUUUCAAACAGGUUCCAGCCAUGAACGCUUCUUGAGUUUUAGCAGUUUGGAAAGUUUAUCUUCAGAAUUGGAACAGACAAAGGAGUUUUCUAAACGAACGGAAGGUAUUGCAGUCCAGGCUGAGAAUCUUGUGAAGGAAGCUUCAGAGAUACCACUUGGGCCCCAGAAUAAGCAUCUGCUUCAGCAGCAGGCCAAGUCAAUCAGAGAACAAGUCAGAAAAUUAGAAGACACACUCGAAGAAGAUAUUAAAACCAUGGAAAUGGUGAAAAACAAGUGGGAUCAUUUUGGCAAUAAUUUUGAGACCCUGUCCAUCUGGAUAACUGAGAAAGAAAAAGAACUCAAUGCCUUGGAAACUUCGUCAUCUGCCAUGGACGUGCAAAUCAGCCAAAUUAAGGUCACAAUUCAAGAAAUAGAAAGUAAGAUCAGCAGCAUUACAGGACUAGAAGAAGAAGUUCAGUCUUUUGCCCAGUUUCUUACCACCGGAGAAUCUGCUCGAAUGAAAGCCAAGUUGACACAGAUAAGACGAUACUGGGAAGAGCUCCGAGAGCAUGCGCAGUGUCUGGAAGGAACAAUCCUGGGGCAUAUAUCUCAGCAGCAAAAGUUUGAAGAGAAUCUUAGAAAGAUUCAGCAGUCUGUGUCUGAAUUUGAAGAUAAACUUGCUGAUCCAAUUAAAAUAUGUUCUUCAGCUACAGAAACAUACAAAGCUCUUCAAGAACAUAUGGAUCUUUGUCAGGCUCUGGAGUCACUGAACAGCUCAGUGGCUGCUCUCUCAGCCGGUGCGCAGAAGGUCGCUAACAGAGGCCGCUCCAUUCAGGACGUUGAGACACUACAGCGGGAAUACGAGGGGACACUGAGUCAGGCCAAGGAGAGACAGACUGUGCUGGAGAGCCUGCUGGCCACCUGGCAGAGGAAAUCCUGGGCCAGCUGUUCUCUAAGUGCACUGCAAAGUGAAAUGGUAUCCCAGGCCACGAUCUACAGUAACCUUUUGCAAGUGAAGGAAUCAUUAUUCUCAUUGGCCUCCAAAGAUGAUGUGAAAAUGAUGAAGCUACAUCUGGAGCAGUUGGAUGAGAGAUGGAGAGAUUUGCCACAGAUAAUUAGCAAAAGGAUUAAUUUUCUUCAGUCUGUGGCCACCGAACACCAGCAAUUCGAUGAACUUCUUCUUUCCUUUUCUGUCUGGAUUAAGCUGUUUCUCAGUGAAUUACAAACUACUUCUGAGAUAAGCAUCACCGACCAUCACGCAGCUCUCAUUCGGCACAAGGACCACGCCGCAGAAAUAGAGAGCAAAAAGGGGGAACUGCAAAGCCUGCAGGGUCACCUCGCAAAGCUGGGUGCCCUGGGUCGAGCUGAGGACCUUCACCUUCUCCAGGGCAAAGCGGAGGACUGCUUCCAGCUGUUCGAGGAAGCCAGCCAGGUGGUGGAGAGGCGGCAGCUUGCCCUGUCCCAGGUGGCGGAAUUCGUACAGAGCCACGCCUCCCUGUCAGGGGGUCUCCUCCGGCUGCGGCAAACGGUGGAGGCAACCAACAGUAUGAACAAGAAACAGACCGAUCGACUAGAGAAGGACCUGAGUGACGCUAUUCGAGAGGUUAAAACAUUCGAAUCUACUGCCAUCGGUCUGGACGGCAUUCUUACCAAAGCCCAAUACCAUCUUAAAAGCGGAAGUUCUGAGCAAAGGACUUCCUGCAGAACUAUAGCUGAUCAUCUCUGUUUAGAAUUAGAGAGUAUCCAGAACCUUCUGGGAACCAAGCAGAGUGAGGCAGAUGCCCUGGCAGUAUUGAAAAAGGCAUUCCAAGACCAGAAAGAAGAGUUGCUGAAAAGUAUUGAGGACAUCGAAGAAAGAACCGACAAAGAGCGGCUAAAAGAACCUACUCGCCAAGCGCUUCAGCAGAGGUUGAGAGUCUUUAAUCAGUUAGAAGAUGAAUUGAAUUCUCAUGAGCACGAGCUGUGUUGGUUGAAAGACAAAGCGAAGCAAAUUGCUCAGAAAGAUGUAGCCUUUGCACCUGAAGUCGACAGGGAGAUAAACCGCUUAGAAGUCACCUGGGAUGAUACCAAGAAACUAAUUCAUGAAAACCAGGGCCAAUGCUGUGGACUUAUUGACUUAAUGAGAGAAUAUCAGAACUUGAAAUCAGCUGUAUCUAAAGUCUUAGAAAAUGCCAGCAAUGUCAUUGUAACCAAAACUGCUAUAAAAGAUGAAGAAGAUCUUAAAUGGGCUUUAUCCAAGCAUGAAACUGCCAGGAAUGAAAUGUGUAAUAAACAGAAGGAAUUGGAUAAUUUUACCAGUAAAGGAAAACAGUUGUUAUCUGAACUGAAAAAAAUUCACAGUAGUGAUUUCAUUUUGGUGAAAACAGACAUGGAGAGCACUGUGGACAAAUGGCUGGAUGUAUCAGAGAAAAUCGAGGAGAACAUGGAUAGGCUAAGGGUGAGCCUGUCCCUUUGGGCUGAUGUACUUUCAAGUAAAGAUGAGAUCGAAGGAUGGUCAAACAAUUCUGUUCCACAGCUGGCCGAAAGCAUCAGCAACCUGAAUGACAGCCUGAGGGCGGGAGAAUUCCUCAAAGAAUUUGAGUCUGAAGUUAAAAACAAAGCAUUGAAAUUGGAAGAACUUCAUUCCAAAGUUAAGGAUCUAAAAGAAUUAACUAAAAAUCUAGAAACGCCACCAGACCUUCAGUUUAUAGAAGCAGACUUAAGGCAGAGACUGGAGCAUGCCAAAGAACUUACCGAAGAGGCCAAAGGAACCCUGAAAGAUUUCACUGCUCAGAGUACACAAGUGGAGAAAUUUGUUAAUGACAUAACAACCUGGCUGACAAAACUGGAGGAAUCCUUAAUGAACUGUGCUCUAACGGAGACUUGUGAAGGGCUGAAAAAAGUAAAGGAAAUACAAAAAGAACUUCAAAGUCAGCAAAGCAGCAUCAGCUCCACCCAAGAAAAUCUCAAUAGUUUGUGCCGCAGGUACCACUCAGCUGAGCUGGCGGGCCUGGGCAGCGCCAUGACUGGGCUGAUAAAGAAACACGAGGCCGUGAGCCAGCUGUGCCUCAAAACACAGGCCAGCCUUCAGGAGUCUCUGGAAAAACACUUUAAUGAGUCUAUGCAGGAAUUCCAAGAAUGGUUUUCUGGAAUAAAAGUAGCAGCGAAAGAAUCAUCGGAUAGAACUGGUGACAGCAAAGUUCUCGAGGCGAAGCUUCACGAGCUUCAGAAUGUUUUGGACUCCGUCACUGAUGGGCAGAGCAAGCUUGAUGCCGUGACUCAAGAAGGACAAACCUUAUACGCACAUUUGUCUAAACAAAUUGUCAGCAGCAUUCAGGAACAAAUUACGAAGGCUAACGAAGAGUUUCAGGCAUUUCUGAAACAGUGCCUUAAAGACAAACAGGCUCUUCAAGACUGUGCUUUAGAACUUGGGAGCUUUGAAGAUCAGCACAGAAAACUGAACUUAUGGAUCCAUGAAAUGGAUGAAAGGUUAAGUACAGAAAACUUAGGAGAGAGUAAACAGCACAUUCCUGAGAAGAAAAAUGAAGUCCAUAAAGUUGAAAUGUUUCUGGGAGAACUGCUGGCUGCCAGAGAAUCUCUUGAUAAGCUCUCCCAGAGAGGGCAGCUUCUCAGCGAAGAAGGCCACGGCGUUGGGAAAGAAGGACGCCUGUGCUCUCAGCUGCUCACGACCUACCAGCACUUACUCAGAAUGACCAAGGAGAAACUCAGGAGCUGCCAGCUGGCCCUGCAGGAGCACGAGGCCCUGGAGGAGGCACUGCAGAGCAUGUGGUCCUGGGUGAAGGAUGCUCAAGACAAACUGGCCUGUGCAGAGAGCACCGUCGGAAGCAAAGACACCUUGGAAAAACGGCUGUUACAAAUACAGGAUAUUCUCCUGAUGAAAGGCGAAGGAGAAGUUAAGUUGAACAUGGCCAUUGGCAAAGGGGAACAGGCCGCGAGAAGUAGCAACGAAGAGGGUCGGAGGGUGAUCCAGACUCAGCUACAGACCCUGGCAGACGUGUGGGCGAACAUCAUGGGCUCCGCCCUCCGUGCUCAGAGCAACCUAGAGUCUGUGAUUAGCCAAUGGAAUGACUACCUGGAGUGGAAAAACCAGCUGGAGCAGUGGAUGGAAUCAGUGGAUCAAAAAGUAGAACAUCCAUUGAAACUGCAGGCAGGUCUGAAAGAGAAGUUUUCCCUUCUGGACCACUUUCAGUCCAUCGUAUCCGAGGGGGAGGGACACACCGGAGCUCUACACGGCCUCAUUGCAAAGUCCAGGGAGCUCUACCAGAAGACCGAGGAUGAGUCUUUCAAGGAAACAGCUCAAGAGGAACUGAAAACCCAGUUUAAUGACAUAAUGACAGUGGCCAAGGAGAAAAUGAGGAAAGUGGAAGAAAUUGUGAAGGACCACCUAAUGUAUCUAGAUGCAGUCCAGGAAUUCACAGACUGGCUCCAUUCAGCAAAGGAAGAACUUCACCGGUGGUCAGAUAUGUCUGGAGAUUCAUCAGCCACCCAGAAAAAGCUGUCUAAAAUUAAGGAGCUGAUGGAUUCCAGAGAGAUUGGAGCGAGCCGCCUAAGCAGAGUGGAGUCGCUGGCUCCUGCGGUGACACAGAACACAACUGCCAGUGGGAGUGAGCUCAUGGACACGGAGAUGCAGGCCCUGCGUGCCGACUGGAAGCAGUGGGAAGACAGUGUAUGCCAGACGCAGACCAGCCUGGAGACCCUGGUCAGCCAGAUGGCCCUUUCGGAGCAGGAAUUCACAGGCCAAGUGGCUCAACUGGAGCAGGCCCUGGAGCAGCUCGGGGUCCUUCUGACGACGUGGGCGCAGCAGUUAAGUGUCCUGGAAGGCAAGAACACAGACACGGAGAUGGUGGAGUGCUGGCAGAAGGGGCGAGAGAUACUGGAUGCUCUACAAAAAGCAGAGCCUAAGACAGAGGAUCUCAAGUCUCAGCUGAAUGACCUUUGUCGGUUUUCCAGAGACCUGAGUACAUACAGUGGCAAAGUUUCUGGCUUGAUUAAAGAAUAUAAUUGGUGA